UGCUAAUCCUCCGCUAGCUCCGGGGUGCAGGGGGACCGGGGGCCUUUGACCUGCACCGAGAGGAGGCGCUAACAAACACGCUCACACCGAACCUUUGGUGACACGUAGCUCACAGUCGCGCGGCUUCUUCACUGCAGUGACGGCAUUGAAAAAGAUUACCCAGCUUUUCCUGACUUUACCUGCCGCACGUUUACUCUGAAACCAUCUACCGGAAGCGGAUCUUGCAGCGCGCGGGCGCGCGCGUCUUGACGGCGCCGCCUGGCACAGUAGAUAACUUGAUGCUGCCGCGUGAGCGCUCGCACACGGAGAGCAAGUGAUGGGAGACGAGCUCGGCGCCUGACGCUCGCGUCGCUCACAUGGCGGAGUUUCCAGAGCCUGGUUUAUGAUUCUUUCCAUCUCAGAUUUUUGUUGUUUCGCAAUAAACCUGAAGCACUGGUGAUUUUUUUUACCCCCGUUUUGCCUCUUAUUUUUUUGGAAUUGUUCGAUAUUUGAGCCAUGAUGUGACUCACUGCUGCCAAAAUGCCUGUUAACUGGAAUAUAACUUUUUCACGGCUGUCCUAUGGAAUAUAGUCUGAUCUUACACAGCCUUCAUGUUGUGCCAUCACCCCACGUGAAAAACAAACUCUUCGUCUUCUGCAUAAUGCUGUCCCUUUGGGUCUAUAUGAUUUAUUGCUGCGUUGGCUACUGCUCGACGAUGCCGAACCUGGCGUACGGUUCGGUGAACCGAGCCGAGGGCGACGCGGACGGUGACAACCGGGGGUCCUCCUUAGGAGCGUCCAGGGACCUCCUGAACAACGAGAGCGACCUGGACAGCAGAGGGGACGAGUGGGAGGAAACGAGGGCCGACGCGAAGGCGUUGGGAGAUAAUGUCAUGUCAAGUUUCCUAAAUGAGUCGGAAAGUAAGAAAUUGCCCCAGGCGAUCAUUAUCGGGGUGAAGAAAGGAGGCACCCGCGCGCUGCUGGAGUUCCUGCGCCUGCAUCCAGACAUCAGAGCGGUGGGAGCAGAGCCGCACUUCUUCGACCGCAACUACGACAAAGGGCUGGAGUGGUACAGGGAAUUGAUGCCCAAGUCAGCCGAGGGCCAGCUGACGAUGGAGAAGACCCCCAGCUACUAUGUCACCAAGGAGGUCCCGUCUCGAAUCUACACCAUGUCCAAAGACACGAAGCUGAUCGUGGUCGUCCGCGACCCGGUCACGCGCGCCAUCUCGGACUACACGCAGACGCGCUCCAAGAAGCCCGACAUCCCCUCCUUCGAGAGCCUGACCUUCAAGAACGCGUCGUCGGGCCUGAUCGACACCGCGUGGAGCGCCGUCCAGAUCGGCAUGUACGCCAAGCACCUGGAGCGCUGGCUCCAGUACUUCCCCAUGGGCCAGCUGCUGUUCGUCAGCGGCGAGCGGCUGAUCAGCGACCCCGCUGGCGAGGUGGCCCGCGUCCAGGACUUCCUGGGCCUCCGCAGGGUGGUCACGGAGGAGCAUUUCCACUUCAACCCAGCAAAGGGCUUCCCCUGUCUGAAGAGGCCCGAGGCGAAUAGCAAGCCACACUGCCUGGGCAAAACCAAAGGAAGGACCCAUCCUAAUAUCGACCCAGAGGUGGUGCAGAGGCUACGGGACUUCUAUAAACCCUUUAAUAGUAGGUUUUACCAGCUGACUGGUCAUGACUUUGGCUGGGACUGAGAUGAAAUCCAUGAUGCUGGAGGCUGCUAUUGGUCACUUGCUGAAUGAUGUCAUCACUCUGGAGAUAUUGUUAUACAUCGUAUGUACAGUAUUUGGUGGAUGUGUAAAAAAAUUCAGAAGUCUAUUUUAUGGUAAUUUAUUGCUAUGAUACGAGCUCACUAAGCUGCCUAACCAGGGUUACUCAUGGUUCACUGCGUCAGGUCCACUUUUAUUUGACAUCAAGGACAAAAAUAGUUUGUGAAAGCACAAUAAUUUACGGGUAUUAUGAGAAGGGGCCGGUUUUCCGUGGUUCACCAACUUUUUCUUUUACCUUUGCUUUCGCUCGGCCGUCUUCUGAAUGAGAUCCAACUUUGCAAACAGCUGGUAAUAUCCCCUUAACAUUUGUCUGACCCUCAAAAGGUCUGUGGACCCACUUAGCAUGGUCGAUACAGGCCCCCAGCUGAUCCAGUAGCACUCGCCAGGUGGAUCAAUACUGUAAUAGCUCCUCAUCAUGUCAAUUAGAUCUGAGUGAUUGCGCUGCUGCGGUCUCCGGAGUACUGCAAUAAAACACAGAUCCAUUAAUGGCAGGAGGGUUACGGUUGAAACGUCCAGUUAAUAUAAUAUACAUUUCCACAUUUCUCCCAAGGAAUGUUGAUUAGGGUUCAAUAGAGGCGUCUCCUGAGGUUUAUUCCUUUAAAAGAAAUUAUAAUUUAUUGCUCUUUCUAAAGUUACCUUUACAUGUUUGAGUAGCACUUGGUAUUACAGCUUGAUAAGUCACGAGCAACUGGAAUAGAAAUGUAAUAAUAAAGAAUUAUUAUCACUGUAAUUACCCGCUAUAGAUAUUCUUAAUGAAUAUCUAUGUUGCAAAGAUGGAGUUUGUGAAGUGGAAAAGCGUUUACAGUGCAGGUGAAACUGAGCCCAUCUUCACACGGACCCCGUGAACGCAUCCUUCUCUUCAACCUCUUCGAGCGCUAAGAAGCUGCUUCUUGUUCGGAGAGGCCACACUUUUGCGUUUUGUGUUCGUUGCUUUGCCGACAUGGAAACCGAGCAGAGUUGACUGAAACGUCCUGUCAUUUUUAUGAAGUAAGAAAUAAAUAUGUUUCAUGAAAA